ACGCCCGCUUGCGGCUGGCCGGCUAAUCAAUCAGACUUCCCACUCCCCCUCGCCCCGAUUCAAAAAUUUCGUUGCCCAUCUCUUUCCCCCACCCCGCUGCCGAUCCACCUCCAUGCCCAAACCCUAGCCCCCCUCCUCCGUCCCCGGCCACCUCCGCCACCGCUCCGGCAGCCGGCCAUGGAGAACCUCUUCAUGCAGGUCUUCGAGCGCCGGGACUGGGUCACCGGGCAGAUGCGCCAGCAGGUCGACUCCCACGCCGAGUCCCUCGCCUGCGCCUUCCUCGCCGCCGGCCAUCGCCCCCCGCCGUGGCUCCUCCCCUCCUGCGCCGCCGGUCCGCAAGAGCUAAAUGGUAAACCAAUUGUUCCGGGGUUACUUUUUGCUGGAAGCCAGAUUACUACACCAGCAACCAACAGAACAGUCUUUCAACCUCCAGCUGUGCCUAGUAUUUCACUCAGAAAUAUGGAGGUUCCAGAUGGAUACGCUGGUCUAGACACUAUUUGUGAUACCAUGGAUACUAACCAACAUGAAGUGCCUCAGCAAAAACAGGUUUCAGUUGACCAGGAGGUUGUUGAGGCUAAUUCUGAUGUCAACAUGUUCUCUGUGGUAAAGCGUUCCAGGUCAAGGCAGCGGCAUAUUGAAGAUCGCUCGCGGGAGAAGGGUCAAGCUACAAAUAGUGGAACCAGUGAUGUUAUGCAAGACAGGAUGCAGAGGUCUGAACUUGCAACUGCAGGUUCGAACAAAACAACUGCAUCAUUAUCGUCCAACCCAUGUGGUGAUGGUGAAAACAAUGCUGGAAGAAUGGCCUCUUUGCCAUGUCAGGAGAAAGGUUUUUAUGCCAACCAGGAUAGAUCAACUGAAUUCGUCAAGUGCAGUAAAGAUGGUGAUCUUGGAAAUCAAGGAGUUCAGUUAGAUUGUUCUCAAAACCAGAUUGUUAGUUCUGAUAAUAAUGUCAAGGUUUCUGUUAGAAGUUCUUUUGGAGUGCAAGUUACAGGCAGCGUGUGCCAUGCACUCCCUGAAACUUAUCUGUCGGUUGAGCCGAAAAAACUUCAAUUUGAUGGUGUUGAAUCAGUUUGUAUGAAUCCUGUAAGUGAACAGAUGAUGCAGCAACCAGUAUGUGCCCUGGAAGGUGCCAAUCUUGAUCUUGCUGAGGCACAUCCCUUAAAUGAAGACCCAUCUUCUACCAGCUAUUCUCAAGUUCCUCCUUUUAUGGGCAGAUUAUUGCUUGAUGGUGUGGAAUCAGGAUAUUUGAACCCUGACAGUGUACCAGUGAAGCAGCAGCAGAAAAGUGCUUUGGAAUGUGCCAUUCUUGAUCUUACUGGCGUGCAUUCCGGAAAGGAGGACCAAUCUCCGACCAGUUCACUUGAAGUACCUAAUCCUACCAGCAUACUAUUGGUUGAAAGGGAUACACUGCACACUGUAGAAGAUACUGAAAGACUAACGAGACCUGACAGUUCUUCAGAUCGGAUCAUCACUCGGAGUUCUGUGUCUUUUGUACAACAGUGCUCUGAUUCUCAUGUUUCACAUCCUCCAUACAGUCAAACUUUGCAGUCACCUACCCAACUAGGCGAUACUAUUUUUGGGGCUCCUGCAUCAUCACGAAUAUUGCCGGACAGUCUGUUAGAGGAGUCCGACAGUGAGGACCUCUCACAUUCACCCGUAAUUAAGGUGGAUAACCAAUGCUCCCAAUUGGAGUCCGCUGAAUGCCCAGAGCAGCUUCAACUUCAGACUGUAGAAGAUACUGGAAGAAUAGAUAACGAAUGCUCCAAAUUGGAGUCCACUGAUUGCCCAGACCAGGUUCAACCUCAGACUAUAGAAGAUACUGAAAGAAUGACGAGACCUAACAGUUCUUCAGAUCGGGUCGUCACUGGGAGUUCUGUGUCUUUCGAACAACAGUGCUCUGAUUCUCAUGUUUCACAUCCUCCAUACAGUGAAACUCUGCAGUCACCUACCCAACUAGCUGAUACUAGUUUUGGGGCUCAUGCGCCAUCACAAAUAUUGCUGGAUAGUUUGUUAGAGGAGGCCGACAGUGAGGACCUCUCACAUUCACCUGUAAAUGAUGUGGAUAACCACUGCUCCCAAUUGGAGUCUGCUGAAUGCCCUGAGCAGCUUCAACCUCAGAUUGGUCCUUUGGGCGAUGCUUGUAAAACAAGCCUCUCUCCUUAUGAAAUACAAAGUAAUGACACACAUUCCAAUGGUUGUGCUGUUGUAAAUGUCUCUGUAUCUGAAGAAAAUCACUUAUCUCAGGAGCAACAUUUGUUGGCCAGAACAUCUUUAGAAUUCAAGGAGACCGAUGUGGAGACUCCCUUUGGCCCUGCUUCCCCGGUCACACAAAAUGAGACGCUCAAUGGGAAGGCAGCAUAUGAUGCGGUCAACUGCCAUUCAGGAAAGUUGGAUGAUGUUCAGUUAAAAUUUUCAGCUUUGACCAAAGCAUGCAACAUUUCUGUCAGCAACAAAGAAGACGAGUCUGUAGUGCCAGAAGUUAUGAGCAGUGCUUCAGCUAGGAGAACCAGCGAAAUGCACUCAACUGAAAGGAACAGUAUGACUUCGGCCGAAGAUCUGCAAAAAAAUGGAACAGAACAAAAGACCUCUCUUCUUGAGAAUGCUGUUAAAGAAAAUGGUAAUUCAUGUACAGCAGAAAACGAUAAACAGAAAUUUUCACAACCUUCUGUUCAGUACUUCUUACAUAGUGCAGUAUCACAUGAGAAAAUCAAUCCGCUCAAGUCAGACAGAAGCAGUGUUGCUUGUGACCAGAAGAGAUCUGUUCAAGAUGGAGUUAAAGUAAAUGAUAGUUUGUCAUCUAAAAGGAGAAGAAUAAGGCACCGAUCAGACUUUGACCUUUCCAGGACACCUUGCACAAAUUCAGUGUCUCUGAACCACCAAGUUGACAUUGCUGGUCCUAUGUUAACUGCGACAAAUUUCUCGGAGAAAUCCCAUCCUUCGAGUCCUUACUUCUCAAGGAGUUCAGGAUCCUGCAAGAGCAUGUCUCUGGUGUCAGAGGGGGGAAAUGCUGCAAGUGACGUUUAUGGAAAUGGGAAUUCUUCAUGGGGAAGAAGAAAUGCAACUAGCCUAUUAAAUGUUGUCCUUGAUAACUCUCCUACUGCAAGCACCAGCAGGAGUGCAUUGGAGGGAAGGAUCUUCAAAACUUCUCAAGAACAGAAACAAAAUAAGUUGGAAGUUGAGUUUCUGACAACGACUGCUGCUUUGCCUUAUUGCUCUGGCAUCCUAUCUCAUAACGAGGAAAGCUGCACACAACAGGAAGGUACUUGCUUAGAAGGUCAAGACCUAAAUGUCACUGCUGCAAGUGUGGCAGACCAGGAAACGGCUCUUGAGACGGACAACUUAUCAUCUCCUAUUGCAAUAUUAAAUCAAGAAAAUUAUUCUGGAACAGAACCAUUUACUCAAUUCCCGAGUUAUGCUUUAGAUCAACAUGGUGAACAAGCAUCUGCUCCGAAUGCACUGUUUCAUGGGAAAUUAUGUUAUGGAUCGAAUGUUAAGCGUGGUAGGAUAUAUAAAAGUUAUGAUCCAAAGGGACAUUUGCUGCCUGGUGCUGCUAUUUCAAUGCCAGUAUUCGAGAGAUUUGAUGUUCCUGGCCAAUUUGACAGCCCAAUUAUCGGAAAAAGGUCAUUUGAGUCCCUUCACGAUUCUUGCCAAUUAGGCACCAUCAGCUCAGGUCCUCCAAACAAGUAUAAUACCAACACAGCGAGUAGUUUGCAUCAGCUAUUGACAACUAUGUCACCAAGAAACAGUCGCGGCAUUAUGGACUCUUUCGGAUAUGGAUCGGAACUUGAUUCGUUUUUCAUUUCUGAUGACGUAGCCUCGUGCUCUUCAAAUGCCAGCAGCAGACAAGAGAUUAAUGAAACUCCAUUGACUCCAUCAGUUGAAAAAUAUAGCCUCCAGAAAAUUUCAUUAAGACCUGGAUCUGGUUCAGAACAUAUGGGUUCUAUUCCUGAACUUAAAAUCUUCCGAAUUGAUGAAGAUAACAGCAUUCUGGAAGAAGAUGAAUACCAAGACAUGGCUCCUGGAUCUGUGGAUGUGAAUUACUCAUGCCAGCGGCCCUCUGAGAGAACAGCACUUCAGGAUAUUACUGGAUUAUGUCAAAACAAUGGAAAUUCUCCGUCUCUUUCGAUGAGAUGCAUGGAUAAAGGUAACAGCAUAGGCUUUAGUGCAGAAUCUGUCAGUAGUGAGCUCACUCAUCAUUCAAAUAUAAAAAAUGAUAGCAUUAAGCGAAAAUACAAUCAUCCUACUUCAGUUAAGAGAGAAGGGAAAGCAUCCCGUUCUCUUCAUGGCAGAUUAGGUACGACAGAAAUAAUCAGUAGCACAAAUGGAAGACACAGGAGUGAAGCAAAUGUUGACAAACAAGGCAUGGCAGAACUAAAGAGCAGAAAUGGAAGACACAGGAGUGAAGCCAAUGUUGAUAGACAAUCUAAGCCUAGCAACAUUGUUGCCAAUGUGACAUCUUUUGUACCUCUGGUAAAACAAAAGUUGCAAUCUACAACAGUGUGCGUUAAAAAAGAUGUCAAGGUGAAGGCACUUAAGGCAGCUGAAGCUGCAAAACGUCUUGAAGAGAAGAAACAAAAAGAGCAAGAAAAACGCAAAGCGGCUGCAAAAGCAGAGCGUGAAAGACUGAAGCAAGAGAAGGAAUUAAAACAAAAACUUGAAGAGGAGCAAAAGAAGAAACGAGAACUUGAUGCGGCCGCUAAGAAGCGGCAGAGGGAAGAAGGAGAAAAGCGGGAAACAAUGAAAAAAAGAAAAUGCAUGGAUGAAGCUCGAAAGCAACAGAAGCAGCCUAUGGAAAAACAACGAGGCAUGAAGGAUGAGAAAGACGCUCGUCAAAAAGCUUCUGAUAAUAUGGAGCCAAGGAAGAAUUUGGUCGAUGUAGGCAAAAACCAAGUUAAAUCUGACGAGACUACUGAACAUGCCCUUCGAUACAAGGCCAAUGAAAGUAAGGAUGAGAAAGGUGUUGCAGUAGAUGACAGGAAUGCAAGUUUUGGAUCUGAUGCUAAGGAAAAUAUCCUGAACAGUCUUGAGGAGUCCUACACAAUGACUCCGUAUAAAGAUUCUGAUGAUGAGGAUGAUGAUGAUUAUGACGAACAUGAACAAGAAGCAAGGCGCAGAAGGAAACUUGUUCCUUCUUGGGCUCGAAAAGAAAACUUGGAUAAUAUCUUACUAUCCAAUAAAACAUUAGACGCUAGAGAAAUUUUUGCACGGAAGCUGUCCUUCAACAUACCUGAAGUCCUUUCGGCGGCCGUUCCGCAGCGCGGCUUAAGAUAGCCUUCCAUUCCAUUUGAUGAAGUAGUGGUAAUAUGUCAAUGUAGUAGUUCUUCUGGCCUCCGUUUCGCCCUUGGCAGUCAGUGAUGUGUAUAAGCUGACCAGCAAUCUCUUUUGUAACCUGUAAGCUAGGAAUGAUCUAUGUAGGAGAACACUGCUGUACCACUUGACUACUUAGCUAGCAUCGAUCAUUGCUUGGCAAAGUUAUAGUUUGUUUAUAACGGCUUCCGUCACAUUAUUUUUUGACGGGGAUUGAGUAUGAUGUAUCAGAGUGGCAACAUUUGUAUGUAUUAAUCAAGGUCUCAUGAGUAGCAGGAAAGUGAGCUCUUUUGUCCGA